AUGUCGAAAAACAUCAAAUUUGGCGGAAGAUGUGAUGAAAGUAACCGACUUUUGCAAAGCGUCCUUCCCGGAUUUGUGCUCACGUUGAGAGAUUUUCCUCUGCGAUUAGUCAAGGAAGUUACGAAACUAACAGAAGACGAGUAUCUUGAAAAGUGCUUGGAAGAUAGAAUAGGAAGAGGUGUUUAUUUCAACAAACCACGUGAGAGUAUCCGAAAAUUAUUUCCUAACUUCAAACGGAAAUGUUUUGCAUUCCCUGUCCCUGGAGAUGGUGAUGUACUGGAAAAGCUUGAUAGCCUAACAUUUGACGAGCUUUCACCUAAAUUCAAGAAUGUUGCCGAACUGUUCGUGUCACAUAUAUAUAGCCAAGGGCCAAAGCAACUCCAAAUUAGCAAACCAGUCAACGGAUCUAUGUUUGCCACACUUACCAGGAAGUAUGUGGACGCUCUUGCAAAAGGAGCUGUGCUUGAUGUUGAUGAUGCAUUUGAAAUGGUUGCUAAAAUCGAAAAUGGGAGAGUCAAAGGCAAAUGCAUGGACUUGUUUCACUCCAAAAUGAGAGAGAUACAGUUGCCUCUUUCAGCACCAUUGCUGGAUAAGCAUUUCAACGAGGCCAAGCUGUCUGCGCUUGACUACAUGCGGCGAAACGCAUUCAAUGAUGUGGCAAAUGUUGUAGAAAGGGAUGCUCAGAACAGAGAAUAUGAAGUCAUCGGAGGGCAUACAAAAUUCAAACGAGAUAUCGGUAUGGUACGACAAGAAUACGAGCAAACACUUCAUGGUUAUGAGCUAAGAGAGCGGGAUCUGUUCAGUCAGGACGUUUUCACUCUUGCUGAUACCGACAACUCCAUGACAGACUUGGGUCGCCCUGCUUCAGACAUUCUUACUGAGAUGAGGAACACUACCGAGACUUCCAGCAACCUGGAUGAUGACUAUGAAGAUAAAAAGUGUAUAGCAUUGACUUGGAGAAAUUUUUCACGCAAACUUGAUCCAGAUGAAAAAAAAAUCAUUGAAAAAGACAAUGAGCUCUCUGAGGAGCAAAAACAAAGAGAGAAAGAUAAAACUGCAAACUUAUUGGCCCGAAUGAAAGAAGAAAUUGCCGAAGAGAAUCAAAAGGCUCAAGAUCAACAAAAGAAGGAACUGUUAGAGCAACAAAAGAUGCUACGUGCAGAUCGCGAACAACGAGAAAAAGAACACGAACGCCUAAUAAAAGCGCUUCAUACCGAGAUUGCUUCUUUGGAAACAAAUAAAGAAGACCAACACAAUAUUCUUACCCACAUGAAAGCGAUGGCAGACGAGAUAAGAAGCCUAAGAUGUGUAGACUAA